CUCGCCGUGUUCGGCGCAACAGGGCACCAAGGCGGCGCCAUCGUAUCGCACUUCCUCUCUCUGCCUAACCCGCCCUACACCAUCCGCGCGCUGACCCGCAGCCCCACUUCCCAGAAGGCACGCAGGCUCGCAGACGCCGGCGUCGAUGUCGUCCACGCCGACCUAGACCAUGUCGACUCUCUCAAACGCUCGAUGCAGGGCGCUGAAGCGGUGUUUCUCGUCACGGACUUCUUCUCUUGCCCAGACCCAGGCGCGGAGCACGAAGUCGCGCAGGCCAAAAGGGUACUGGACAUUCUCGCGGCGAGCCGCACGCUUAAGCAUCUGGUUUACUCGUCCCUCCCGUCCAUUAGCGCAGCAAGUAGUGGCAGGUACCGAUCGGUUGUGCACUUCGACGGCAAAGCCUCGGUGGUGGAUUGGUUGCAGCAAACGCACGAGGAGCUGUGGGGGAAGACGACGGUGCUCUGGGUGGGCACGUACAUGCAGCUGUGGAUGCAGUUUCCGCAUGUGUUUGCGCCGAGGAAGGUGGUGAAUGGGGGAGGCGAAGAGAUUUGGCAGUGGAACACGGUGUUCUACCCGCAUACGAAAUUACCGCUUGUGGACGUCAAGGAUGUGGGCGUUGCUGCCAGGACUAUUUUGGAAGGAGGCGAGGAGUGCAUGGGACAGACGCUGAGUCUAGUUGCGCCUGAGCUAGUGACGGCGGAAGAGCAGCUGCGUGUUUGGGGCGAGGUCGUGGGGAAGGAUGUGGUGUUUAGACAUGUUAGUGAGGAAGAG